AUGUCGGUACUGCCACCAACUCAGCGCGCGGUUGUUAUCAAGAACCCGGGCAAGAAUUGGACAGCAGAAGUAGUCCCCUCACAUCCCGUACCUCGACCCGGUCCAGGCCAGGCUCUUGUCCGUCUGACACACACUGGCGUUUGCCACUCAGACUUGUCGUGUAUCAAUGGCGGCUUCGGCCUAAAGCUCGCUUGCGACGUCCCGGGCCACGAAGGGGUCGGCAAGAUAGUAGCCUACUCUGAAGGUCUUGAUUCGUCAACCCUACCUGCUUUAGGUACUCGUGUAGGGGUCCCUCUGUUGCAGCGGCCCUGUGGAACAUGCGCAAGCUGCGGCCUUCCUGAUGGAGAGGUUCAUUGCCCAAACACCAAGCUUCUUGGAUCACUUUGUGAUGGCACUUUUCAGCAGUACAUCACUGUCUAUGCUGAUUACAUGGUGCUGUUGCCGAACGUCCCCGGGAUUGACGAUGCCGCUCUGGCGCCCACUCUUUGCGGUGGUGUCACAGCAUAUAAAGCAUUCAAGAAAUCUGGAGCCAAGCGCGGUGAUUGGGUCGCCGUGGCCGGGGCUGGCGGCGGUCUCGGUAAUUUUGCAGUUCAGUACGCCGUGUCUAUGGGCUUUCAAGUCAUCGGUAUCGACACAGGCGAGGACAAACGCCAAGCAACACUUCGUCUAGGUGCUGCUGCCUUUAUCGAUUUCCGUACUACAAACGACGUACCCGCCGAGGUGAUGAAGAUUACGGGAGGAGCCGGUGUGCAGUCCGCUAUUGUGCUCGCGCCAUCGGAGGUCACGUACAAUCAAGCCUUACAAUAUGUAGCCCUCCAGGGCUGUCUUAUGUGUGUCGGAUUACCGGAUGGUGAUGCUCAUCUACAUGUCCCACCUAGCCUCGUUUGUCGCAAAGAUAUCACUAUCAAAGGUUCUUUUGUAGGCACGCGAGAUGAUAUUGCGGAAGCUUUGGAAUAUGUGGUUCGUGGAGAGGUGAAACCUGAUGUCGUCGUCUACCCGAUGGACGAUGUGGAGGCUAUCUUUCGGAAGAUGGAGGAGGGGCAUAUUCAAGGUCGUGCUGUCUUAGAUCUAUCAUAAUCACCUCGAGUUUCCUCACAUUGGCUCAUCAGAGGCGGCUCCAAGUCCAAGGCAGUUUUCCGGCCCCAGGAACAUUUCUCCCCUUCCAGCCAGUCAGCUCCGAGAGGUCCCGCACAGGCCAUGGAUAAGCAUUUUGGAAAUUGGCGGGGAUCUUUCCAUAUUUCCACUUCCAGAGAUCUACCCACUCCGGACCCAGCUUGCCCUCCAGCAUGUCGGCCACGUAUUGCCCAAUGACGGGCAAGAAUUUAAAGCCGUGGUUCGACCCAGCAGUUGCAAUGAAGAGAUUUUUGGUCUCGGGGAAGGGACAGAUCCUGAAGUUUAGAUCCGUUGCCAUGCCGUCCCUAAGGGUUUCAGCUUUCGUUGUAGUGAUAAUAUGAGGCAAAAGUGAAGAGAAACAAUGCGAGCGAGACAUGCUAUAUGUGAAAGGACGUCUAUUUUCAACUUACCAGC